CUGCCAGUGUCCAGGGGGAGGUGGUGCUGCUUGACAGAUGCUGGCCGUGCACUAACGUUACUUCCUGCCGCCGUGUGUGUGUUGGCAGUGGCAGAGGUGAGGUGCUGCUGCUGCUGCGCACUCAGCUCCCAGUCAUCUGCUGCGCUCUGGGGGAAAAAGCGGCCGACGGAUUAUCCAGCUCCCCUAACAGUGUUAGCUCAUCGGCUAACAGACAAGCCAGCAACCGAGAGGAGCCAUGAAAAGCCGCCGGAGCCGGUGAAAGUUAGCCAAGGGUUACUUUGGGACUUUAAUGCACGCAAAGAUACCAAAAAGGAGGUUCGCGGGUCAUGCCGUCGCCCCCAGCGGGAACUUUUGCCUAGAAUUUCCACUUGGGAAGGGCUAGCUCGGGGGGCUAGCUCGGCUACGAACUAUUUUUAAUUGGCUUUGCGCUCAAUGGCUCUCGCUUGUUUUUCCCUGUCAUAGCGACAGCUUGGAAAAUUGGGAGAGGCCCCCUUGUGAAGUUCAUGACAAACCAAAGCCCGGUUUUGAAGCUUAACUUCGGACGACUAAACUGGCAAGGGAGCGAAAAUGAAGAAGCAGUUCAAUCGGAUGAAACAGCUCGCCAAUCAAACAGUCGGCAGAGCAGAGAAAACAGAAGUCCUCAGUGAUGACCUCCUGCAGAUCGAACGGCGCAUGGAGCUGGUACGCGUGGUGUCCCACAACACACACAAAAAGAUGGUGUCGUGUCUACAGGGACACAUCGGUGCAGAGGCAGAGAAGAGACAUUCUGUACCACGCCUCUAUACAGGAAAUGGUCAGAAAAAGCUUCCCCUCACGGCACUGUCCCAGGCAAUGACUGAAGGUGGAAGCCAGUUGGGAGAAGAUUCCUUAAUAGGGAAAAUGAUGGAGGUGUGCGGAGAUGCAGAGAAUCGCCUGGCAUCAGAGCUGAUGCAACAUGAGCUGCAGAUAGAGAAGGACGUUCUGGAUCCACUCAGCCAGUUAGCCGAGGUGGAAAUCCCUAACAUCCUGAAGCAGAGGAAACAGCUGGCCAAACUGGUGUUGGACUAUGAUUCUGCCAGAGCAAGAUGGUUGCAGGCAACCAAGUCAAUAAUCUCAGGAACAAACACUCAAGCACUGACGGCCAAGGCUGACCUACUCAAGGAAGAGGUGGAUGAGGCCAUGAACAAAGUGGAGCUUUGCAAGGAUCAGCUUGCUGCCGACAUGUACAGUUUUUUCUCAAAAGAAGGCGACUAUGCCCACUAUUUCGUAACGCUCUUAGAAGCUCAGGCAGAUUACCACAGAAAGUCUCUCACUGUUCUGGAGAGUGUCUUGCCAACCAUCCAGGCUCAGCAAGAUUCAUGGACGGAAAAGCCUGCAUUUGGCACUGGUUUAGAUGAACACCUGAAGAGGAGUGGGAGGGAGAUCGCUCUGCCAAUAGAGGCCUGUGUCAUGAUGCUUCUAGAGACGGGCAUGAAGGAAGAGGGUCUAUUCAGAAUUGCAGCAGGGGCAUCCAAGUUAAAGAAGCUAAAGGCGGCGCUCGACUGUUCCACUUCACAGCUGGAGGAGUUCUACUCUGACCCCCACGCUGUCGCUGGAGCACUAAAGUCCUACCUGAGGGAACUCCCUGAACCUCUAAUGACCUUCCAGCUUUAUGAUGAAUGGAUCCAGGCAUCCAGUGUGUCAGACCCAGACAAACGGCUCCAGGCGCUCUGGGUUGUAUGUGAUAAACUACCAAAGAACAACAAAAACAACCUGAGGUAUCUGGUGAAGUUUUUGGCCAAACUGGCUCAGGAGAGCGAGCUGAACAAAAUGACUCCUAGCAACAUUUCUAUUGUCCUGGGACCCAAUUUGCUCUGGGCCAAGACUGAAGGGAGUCUGGCUGAGAUGGCUGCAGCUACCUCUGUGCACGUGGUGGCCAUUGUUGAGCCCAUUAUCCAACAUGCUGACUGGUUCUUUCCUGAGGACGUGGAGUUCAAUGUUUCUGGCAUGUUUGUGAUGCCCACACCUGCAUCCAACCACAACAAUCACUUAGAUUAUGACUCUGGCACCAUUGAAAGGAAGAGACCUGGCAGCAUGGUGGGACCAGAGAACGACACAGGGCGCAAAGACAAUACCACUAACAAGCACUCGGACCACACCCUUCGUAGAGGCAGUAACACUUUAGGUAGAAAGCAGCACACUUCACCUGCUUUCCAGCCUCCUUUACCCCCCGUGGAGGCUCAGGGACAGGGACACGGGGCCGGGCAGGUUCCCCAGGCCUCGACUGAGCCCCAGUCACAAGCUUCACCUGGGGGUUCAGGGUCUGAUCCUUUCCAGCAAAGUUUGGCACAGGGUCUUGCUGCUCUUGCAGCUGCUCAGCAGCUUCUAGCCCAGCACACAGAGGAGCUCAGCAGCCCAAAGCUACGUGACUCUACAUCCACCCCAACCCCUGCUCUCCAGAGGAAUGGCUCUGGAGGAGGCAGCCAGGCUGCUGGCCAGCUGGGCACUGGAACCCCGGGGGCUGGAUCCAUGGGGCCCAGUCCACAUAUGAUGCGCAGAGGUACCAAGAAGCAGGCUCCUGCUCCUCCCAAACCCACAAACCCUCCACCCAGUCAGCCCUGUAAUUCUGUAAACUACGCCUCAUCCUCUGGCUCCUCCCAGACUUUCAGUUCCACCCCCAGACCCCUGUCUGGCCACUCGUCCACCUCUGUAACCUCCCCCACCUCACAUCCAAGUGCCACACAUCGGCGCCAUUCGAGUAACCAGCCCCCGAUCCAGGCGCCGAGCCAUCCGCCCCCAGAACCUCCGACGCAGGCCAAUCCCUCUGUGCAGCCCGCAUCCCUCGGCCAGCCCAGCGGGGACCAGCACAGCACCGACCCCUCACCCCCAGGAACCCCAACCCCUCCAGACACCCCUCCACCCUGCACUAACAGCCAGGAUGCAGUUACCCCUCCAUCCCCAUCUCCAUCUCCCUACCAGUCGGGCUCGCUUCCCCGGCCACGGCCUGUCCCCAAACCACGGAACAGACCCAGCAUCCCCCCGCCGCCCCAACCCACCACAGUGACCAAUGAGACCAACGGGAUCUGCACCAAGAUGAUGGAUCCGGUGAUUAAUUUCAAAGGUUUGAGUCGAGCUUUGGUCCCCGACUUCACGGCAGUAGACCAGCAGCUGCCGACUGCCACCGCCUUCUCCUCCUCCUCCUCCUCCUCGCCGCCUCUUCCUAAAGACUGUGACCUGGAGAGCGAGAGCACUGUCCUAUAAGGAGGCGCCUCCUCUCACACCUCCUUUAGUCUCCUCUCCAGCCCAUAUCUGCAGCCCUCGUAUAAAAGAUGACCCUCUCCCUCUGUGCCUGGUCAUGAAGGACAACAAACUAAUGGCGGCCAUCAUGGAGGUCAAACAGCUUCCUGUCAGCAAAAUACAUAAAACAUUUCUCCAGCCACAUGAUUAACCUUUGACAUGCUAGUUUAUUAUAUGCGAGCUCUAUUAGUAUUUAUACCAACUACUACACACACACUUUAACAUCACAUUAUUAUAGGGGGUAAGCUAGCGCAUUACUACUGGUUGUCUUCACUUUUAUAAAAGUCAUAACUACAGCUUAGUCAGUAUAGUUAUUGAUUAUAUAACACAUCUUUAAGCUAAAAAGGGUAAAACAUCACUAUAAAUUAACAGAACUGAGCUGAUCACAGCUCACAUCAGCUAAAGGAUCUCAUCUGCAAGCCACUUUGCAACCCCCAGCUCCUUUGCUUCAUUCUGUUUUUAAUUUAAUUCAUGUGUGAAAAUGGUGUGCUAGGAAAUCUAGAAGCAGUGAUAGUCAUGUAAAUGGCAAAUUUUUGGUUUCUUAGUCUGACAACGGAGGUAGCGUCCACAUGCGAUUGGUGUUUUCCACUAUUUCUACUGUUGUUUAGUGCAGUUCGUGUGGCCAUCGGCACUCGCUUCCCGACAGUCUUCUCGACCUCCAUGAUGUUGCCAGAUGUGAUUUUUGCAGGGAGACUCGUGAUACAAAGCCUUCACCCUGCGACAUGUACCGGCCCCUCUGUCUUUACACCGCACUCCCUGCAGAUCAAGCUCCAGACAAUCGUCAAAGAAGAGCGUAGCAGAAACGAAGGGCAGAUGUUGGACCAGCACUGCUGUUAGAGACUGUGUUACAGCAAUAUAAAAGAGCACAGUGGGGUGGUGUAUUUGGUGUGAGGUGGGGUUUUCCUGUGUGUAUUUUUCAGUGUUGAACAUGGCCUUAGAUCAAGAAAUAAAUAAGUUGUAUUUUUAAAAGGUGGAUGGACUAGAAACCAAAACAGUUGAAGUGUAGCUGUGACUGCAGGUUUCCAGUCGUCUCAAACACUUAACUUACCCUUUUCUCCCCCUUUAUAUGGAAACCCAUACUUUUAUUUCUUUUUCCUCCUGCCUGUAUUUAUUUACCAAUUUAAAACAAAAAUACAUUCCCUAGUGGCUUGACAUCUUUAAUGCAGUCUUUAAAUAUGCACCAUGCCUUAUUGGUUCCUCCCAGAACUAUGAAAUACGCAUUUACUGUAUGGGGGACGGGAGGUAUUCCCUUCUAGUACUACAGUAUUUCUAAGAAGCUGUGUCGGUAGCGGGUAUGUUUCAGGCCGUGUCCGAUAAGAAACUGUGCGCUUCUGCAUUGUUCUGCAGAAGUUGUGUAUUUAAAUGUGUUUUGGGUUUUCUAAGCAGACGUAGCAGGGGUCGACCUGACCCUCCCAGCCUGAAUGCAGUCAGUAUUUUUUGCCUUUCUGUUUCUCCAGUCUAUCUUAGUGUGCUCUCCGGCGUUCGCCAGGGCAUUACACACAGCGGGGCUGAGCGUGAGCGAAUGUAGUGAAACAUCACCCUGAGCAGAAAGAUGCAUAAAGAGCUGAUUUUGCACUUGAGCGCAGGCCAGACUCAUUGAGUGGUUUUCUAGUGAACUCUGUUAUAGAGGGCUUGGUUUUCUUCCCUCUCUCUGUCUUUCCCACUGAGCUGAGUGAACACAGUGCUGUGAUAUCUCAGUAGUGAUGUGGUGUUAGAUUUUUGCCAGGUCUGUUUUUGUUUUUUGUUUUUUAUUUUAAAUGGCUUUGUUGUAUUUUCUGUGUAAACUUUGCUUUAUUGUUAUUAUUAUUUUUUGGCCUAUGAUAAAUGCAGAUUUUGGUUUCUAGAGAGCUGACCCAACAUGGUACCAGGUGAGAAAGUCUUGGAUGCUGCAGUUGCCCUGAAAAGAAGUCGAGUUGUGUUUUUCAGAGACAAUCAAAGCAUUACGAUCCCCUCCUUUCUCUCUCUGUGCGCUCUUGUACCUUGCUGCCUUAUCCUUGUGCAUCGAGAGAACAAACAAAUGCCAUUAAACUAGAAAUGAUGAUAAUGAUGCUGCAUUUUUAAGUUCCAUAGUUUUAUAUGUAUGCUGUCUGGUGAGCUUAAAUAUGGGAAAAAACAUGUAAUAUGAAUGCUUUCCUUUCCAAAGAAAAUAAAGUAUAUGAAGAAACUAU